UAGCUAAACGCGCUUUUUACAAACUGCUGCGGUUUCAGGAAGUUGACAGCCCACUGCUUUGUGAAAGGGACAAAACAAGGGAACUUAAAACCGGCCCUAAACGACUAAAACAUAUAUUUUGGGCUUAAUCCUAUCAGGAAUACUUUUUCGGACGCACAGAAGGAAGUUACAGCGGGACAUUUCUUCUUGUAAAUUGCUCCUCACACCUUGCUUUCAAUAUGGACUCCUCUCCAGUCCUUCGUCAACAAAGCCAGAACAAAAUCCGCAGUGAGUUGACGAGAACAAAGAAUGAAAAUAACAAAAUGCCUGCACACCCAAAGCCUUCCAAACUCUUCUCUGCACAUCACCUUUCCAACCUUAAUAUUGAGAAUCAGGAUCCAGUCAAAUCAGAAAUGGGUCGGAGGGCAGCGUUGCGACCAGGUAUUAGUCGGCUUCCUGUGCUUGCCAAGUCCCUUCAUCUUCAGACUACGUCCGACUUCGGCCUAUCUAAUUAUAAGUGGGAGGACAAGCCUCUAGCUGGGAAAACGAGGAAGAAAAAGCCUUACACCCGGCCGUUACCUUUCAACUUUUGUCAGCCCAAGAGCACUGUGUCACAAUCAAGAACUGGCACUAAUGCUCAUAACAGUGUAUGCAAUUCUCAUCUUAAAACCCAAAACGUAAAUGCAAAGCCUACUAAACAUCCGGCUGCCUUAAUGCGGAAUAUAGAUUUAACCAAAGGAACGGGGACAUUUAAAGGAAAGGCGAAGGAUAACGCAUUACAGACAUCUGCCACUCUAUUUAAACCUCAAUCAUCUAUUCCUAAUAACGCUGUGCCUCAGAGCAAAGAGGCUUCUUCUGCAGAGCCUGCUGUUAGUGCAGAGGCCUGCUCAGAUAACAUGAGCCUGCUCAGUCUCAAAGAUCCAGCCAAGACAUCCCAUGCUACCCAGAACAUGCAGCUGACCGCGCAGGACCCUUUAUCCAAAAAUUCAACCGACAAAGGGGACAACUUCCAGUCGGAUCACGCUGCUCUGCUCAGUAUCCUCCGUGAUGAAGGACUGAGUGCCACAGGUCUGGGAUCUACAACUCCACACUCAAAGCUCUAUAACAAUCUGCCCCAGAGAGUGUCUACCUUGAGAAGUCGACACAAAUUAGGACCCAUUUCAGGAUUGAUGAAGUCUGUGCAGUUCUCCCCAGACGUCGGUGCACUUCAAAGUAUCCUGCAGAAUGAAGGAGUGAAGGCUGGAGGGCCUCUGGGGGCCACACCCAGAAUCCCUGUCUCUCCGGGCAGAGGCACGUCAAUCAUACAUGCUCAGCGAGUGCCGGUUAGAAAAAAUCGUGCGGAGGCAACCGAGGGACCAGUAGUUCUAGCACUCAAAGAGACUCCGCAGAAGCAAUGGACCCCUCAGAGGGUCCCCUGCACCAGAAAUCGGCCCAUGUCUGCUAUGAAAUGGCCUCUGUCAUCACAUCGGUCAUCAUUCGCCAUCACUCCCGGGCUGCAGCGCUGCAACUCCACCCUUAAACCACAAAAGGAGGAGAUCGUGCAGAGAUUAUUUUAUGAUCAGGAGGAAGAGCAUCCUGGGAAACCAGCAGAGCAGCUCCCGACUCAAAACGCAACUGCUAAAGCGCACCAUGAAGUAAAGGUCGAAGCGAGCGGGGUCGGCACCGACAAGGAUGAAGAGGAGGAGCAGAGGAUUGUGGGAGGACAGCCGUUCUUCCAAGCACCGCAGAGAGAGUCUGUCAUUUUUUUCUCGACGGGCAAAACGUUGCUAAGAGCUCCACGUUUUGAGAAGCAGGAGAACUCCGUCCGUCAGGACGAGCAUGGCCCGGUGCUGCCCGUACAUGAAGAGACGAGGCCUGUGUCUGCCUGUCAGAUCAACCCUGCGCAAAGUCUGCACAAAGACCUCAUAUCCCAGAAGCUUUCUACUCCGAGUUCAGCCGUGGCGCUGCUGCGGAAGCGUCUUCUUGCUCUGGAGGAGCUGCGUAUGGACGCGGAGGUGGCCUCCUACUGUUCCGUCCCUAACGCUCCCUGCCUCCUCCCCCCCCGGCCCCGCUGUGGGAACCCCCUGGCCUACACACUGCACUUCCAAGAUUCCUUUACAUUUGUUCCAAUCGGCUUUGAUCUGUUGUCCGGCUGUUCCUCUCCGAGCAGCUCCGCGCUGCAGGAGAGAUGACUUUGCACUACAAGUACAGUAUUUGUGUCACUGGUAAUAUCCGGAGGGGAUAAGGUCCCUCUGGAGUACUAAUAAUACUUUUUAAAUGGAACUGAUUGGUCCCCACACUGUUGUUGUCAGCCUUAACUAAAGUCUAAAGAACGCUGCUAGUUACAUUGUGUGAGAUACCUUUUUGUUUUUGAAUCUUUAUGACUGAGCUCAUGAAAUGCUUUCCUAAGAAAAGAAAAAUACUCUGUUAAAUGAUGCAUAUUUUAAACAGUAGGGACUCAUUUAAAAAAAAAAAUAAAAAAAUAAAAAUAAAAAAGGUAAUUAAAGACAUAAUCAGUGUUAAAGCUUUUGUAUACAGAUAGAUUAGAAUGCCUCAGAGCGUCACACUAGAGUUAUUUGUGUUUUCUUUAUGUACAGUGUUUAUAAUAAAUGUAUAUGUAACUGUCUGA